UUGUCAAAAGAGUUAGAAGUUUUUAAUAGAAAAAAAAGAAAUUCCCCAAAUUUAUCACUGAAAAUGGCAUCAUCUGCGGGUGACAAGACCCCAGUUGAUUCAAUCAAAGUGUUCCAAACCGAUGAAAUGGGCAGUAAUCCCCUUGCAGCAGAAGAUGACCUUGAUUUUCAACCCCCGAAAGUGACAAGAAGCUUUGGUAAGAGGUCUGGAACAAGACGACCCUGGUCAACUGCCACUUCCUCCUACAGAUCCCUGAGUGCAGACAGCAGACAUUAUGGAGGGGUAGAUCCACAGACUCUCAUUGGUCAUUCAAUCAGAUUUCAAGACUGGUUGAGUCAAAGAAAUGUAAAGAAUGUACAGGAGAAAGCUGAUGUAGAAGCCAAAGCAACUAAAGGUCUCUACACGUCCAUCUUAGAUACGGAGGACACAUUUGUGAAGGACAUCGACGACCUCUUAUUGUACAAAGAUGGCUUAGAACUGAGGAAAAAGGAGAUCCUUCACAAAAAGUGGAAUGAGCGUGUCCAUGAGCCAAUUAGAAAACACAUCCUCGGGGAGAUGGACGGUCCUGCGUAUACAGCGCUGGCCCGGAGAAAAAGACAACUGUAUAAAGAAUUUAUAGAAUUUACAAAUAAAAAGGGCCAUGUUUUCCUUGAUACCUUCCCCCCAGAUGAGUACUUCCCCUUCAGCAUGUACCCAAGGCCAUAUCAUUUGAGGGUUGCCACAAAACGACUGCAAGAUCCGUUAUUGUCACAAGAGCGUGCGCGCAGCGCGGAAGACCGAACCAUCCUCCAAUGCGAGACAGGCAACAUCUACUCAGAUAGAGACAUCCAGCAAGUGCGUCUGCCACCUCUGCCACUUGUACCGCUCGGAAGGCAGGGAACAGAAUGCAAGACGUGGAUAGCGAUGCCACUGAAAGACAUUGAGAGCCCCGUGAGGCAUGCUAGCAGGGAAACGGUUGACCCGAAUGUUGAGAUGUGUGACCCAUUGCCAUCGAGGCGCCGAAUGAAAUCAGAUCUAAAUGCCAGCCACUUUUCCUUUGACGAAUGGGGCUCUCCCGUUAAUCAGACGAUCGUCGAUAAAGAGAUGCAAGUGCAGAAACGAAAGCCGUGCACGACACAUGCAUCGCUCUCAAAAACGAACAUGACACGUCACAUGAUGUUGCAGCCUCCGGAUGGAAUGGAACAGAUGCCUAUCGUUCCUCAGCAAAUGAAUCAAUGUGCCAACGUUCCGAUGAUGACCCAGACUGUCUGAAACGUUUAUGAUGCCUUUUUUCUGUCCAUUUUCUAUCUUUAAAAAAGUUAGGAAUUGAACAUGCGGUCGUUGGGUGAAGCGUAGGUGGGCAAGACGGUUUUGCACCUGUUCAACUGUUGAUAUAUGUAAGGGUCAAAAAGCAUAUUUAUUUUUAUGUCAAAUGUACUGGUGUGAAUUCUUUGCUUUUUGCCAAACAUCAGAAAUAUAAUGUUCAAUGUGACUGUAUGAUUCUUCAGAACUUCAUAUCUGAAGUACUUUGACGUCACAGAAAUAGAAAUAUGAACAUUUUUAAGUGCAGACAUCAAAUGCUGAGAAGAAGAGUACAGCUAAUACAGUUACUCUCUUUGUGUGUGUUUUUAUACCCUAGAGCUGUUACAGUAUUGCUUGAUUUUUAGUUUUAAAAUGUUUGGAAUGCACGAUACUGCUUUAAAUUAGUGAAAUGAUUGACCACGCAACUGCAAAAACUGUGAUACCGCCAAAUUUAAGAUUUUGUAAUAUUUAGGAAUGAUUAAGGAGUAUGGCAGCAAUAAAGUGAGAGCAGAGAAUUAUUUCGAGAGUGCAUAAUAGAUUAAGUGUCCAAUAUUUGUCAAAAGUUCAACUUGCUUUGCGCUCAAACUUCAGGUUCUGGUAAAUAGUGCCACCUCCCCUGGACAUCAGGACCCAACCAAGACUUUCAGAAAAAGAGGGGCUCAGGCCUCUCACUUAGAAGAAUUUCACUGGUGAAUAAAACAAGUUGUUUCCUCCCGUUAGUCAUAAAUUGCCUCAUUGUAACAGUGAGGUCAGUUUCUUAGAAAAAUUAUUUUCUCAGCUACUUGUAUUUACAAUGGGAGAUUUACAUGAAGUAUGACCAGUUUAAUUUUUAUUAAUAUAUUGGACGAAAAAAAAUCUUGACCCAUGUAAAAUAUUUCUGCUGAUGAACUGUCAUAACUGUGAUACUUUCAGCAUUUAUCUAAAGCAUGUGACUGAUAACAACUUUUUAGAAUUGUAUAUUUGUUCAGAAGAAAUUAUUACAUGUAUAGUCUUUAGUUUGUAUGUACUUUUACAUUUUUGGCCUGGGACUGGUAUUUCUUUUGCCCAGUCAGAAAGACUUGCAUGGGGACAUCACGCCUAAAACUAACUUGCUGUCACAUGCUGAAGGUUGUACUGCUAAAAGCUGCAUCAACCUAGAGGCGAGGUCAAAGUGGCUGGUCUCAAGAACUGACCUCCACAGAUUCUGACUGAUAUCCUCUGCAUUUGGUGGUGGGACUUUCUUUACAUCUGAUGGGAAAGGUAAUAUCAGUACCCAGGUUCCGACAGCUUUGCUAAGAAAAUGCUCAAGAUAGCAGAAUAUCUGCAACUGAUGUAUAUACUUCAAGAGAUCAGUGUUAUUUUUAGGAAAAUCUACUUUUACAUGUUUAGCUUCAAUAUCUAGCUCCUUCUACUGGAAGUUUCUAGAGGUAAUGAACACAUUUUUUAGCACACAUGGGUGAGCUUAUGUCGUCACGUCUUGUCCGUCAUCCGUCCGUCCGUCCAUCGUCCGUCAAUAUUAGGGGCAUGUUUGCUCACUGUUGAGUCUAGAAAGUUGAAACUUGGUGUGAGGAUAACUUAUGACAACAUGACUCGACACAAAAAAUAUCAUCGCCAUUUGACCUAUUUUCUGGGCUCCAGGCAGCGGAGACGCGGAGUAUAUUUAAAACCACUGAUUAUGUCAGGAUGUGUUUCCCAGAGCUUAACCUUCCACAAGUCCAUGUAGUUUUAAUUUGUACAUGCCUCAUUAUAUCAUAUACAUGUACUGUAUGACAUUGUAAUAAUACUUUGUGUUUUUUGCUGUAAAUAAAAGUUUCAUUUUCAGUAUUGUCCGAAGAAUAUGAGCGUUUUUGUCU